AUGUCAUCGGGGCAUGUCGAAGAAUCUAAUUUUGAAAAACGUUUAUCAAAUGUAAAUAGUACGCAAGACAGUGUUCAAACAUUAUCUCUAUGGAUAUUGCAUCAUCGAACAAAUCAUGAACAUAUUGUCAAAGUUUGGUUCAAAGUAUUAAAAAAAGCAAAAGCAUUACAUCGUUUAACAUUAUUUUAUGUGGCUAAUGAUGUUGUACAAAACGCAAAACGAAAUAAUGCACUCGUUUAUCAAGAAGCAUUUAAACCAUUUCUUAAUAUGGCCAUGGCUUUUGUCAAAGAAAAUGCGAUUAAAAAAAAAGUUCAACGAAUAUUAGAAAUAUGGCGAGAACGAGGUGUCUAUGAUGAAGAAUUUAUUGAAGAAUUAUUGAAAAAAUUAUUAGGCAAUGAAGGAUAUGAAAAAGAUAAAGAAGUAGCACGUGUGAUAUCAGAAUUUCAACCAAAAUCUUUAUGUGAAGCAUUGCUUCGUUUUAAAAGCCUGGAAUCUGAAACAUUACUUAAAGAACAAAUUGUAAAUAUCAAUAGUAAAUUAAUUGAUUCAAUGUCAGUGGAUGCUGUUAGAAAAUUAAAAGAUAAACCAUCGACGGAUGCAUUUCGAAGUGAAUAUGAAGAUGUACGAGAAAAAUUUGAAGACUAUUUAUCAUAUUUAGAACGUUUAACAACGGAACGGAAAAAAAUUAAACAAUAUUGUGAGCAAGCAGAAAUAUUUUACGAUGCUCAAUAUCAAGAUGCCAACAUUGUAGUCGAAGCAUAUAAAAACUUCGGUGAUAAAGUAGCAGCAUUAAAAAAAAAAUUAGAUUGUUUGAUUCGUGAUCUACCAGAAUCAGCGUCACCACCUAUUGCCGCUGAUGUUCCAUCACCAGGGAAUACACCGCCAGAUUAUCGGCAAACCGAUAUGGAUUUAUCCGAUAAUGAAGAUAAAUCAGCAUUUGAUCGUAAUGCAGUUGCAGUCACCAAAACACGAGCUGAUCCAAGACAUCGACGAAAUCAAAUACAACACAAUCAGAAUGCGAAUACAAAUAACAACACCAAUAAUAAUACAAAAGAUGCGGAUGAACGAUCAAGGAAAUAUGACUUAUCAACAAACACGAAUGGAACCAACUCAACGUCCAAUAAUACGGCAGAUAUAUCAAAAGAUAGCCCAAUGAUUAAUGUUGACUUAAUAACCGAAUUACUUGUUCAACAUAGUCAAUCUACUGGUUUUGAAAAAAGUCUUGAAAUGUUGACACAAACAUUGAAACAAUUAACCGAUCCAAAUUCUUCUUCUGCAAACUCUAUUCCCAUUACAUCGACAAUGACCACCUCAGCAGCAUCAUCUAUAAUGUCACAAACAGUACCAUCGUCAUUACUAACAUUUGCAUCAAAUACGUCAACACCUGCUGCAGUAAUUCCAACAUCGACUACACAUCCACUCGAGGAUUUACUCUUAAAGCGUCUUCAGAUGCCUUCACCACCAUUAGCAAAUAUUCCUCCUUGGUACAAUCCUCCUUCACAGCAGCCACCACAAUUUAAUCCAUUAUCUUUACAAGCACCAUCUCCAACAAUUCCCGGUUUUUCAUCAAGACUGGUUUCUCCAAAUACAAGUCAGGUACCACAGCAACAAUUUAUUCCACCUUCAUUAUUUCCUCCUGUACCACCUUCUCUAGUGCAACAAUUUUAUCCACAGCAGCAGCAACAACAACAACAACAACAACAACAACCGAUUUCGCAAUAUCAAAAUUUACAGCAAAGACAAUAG